ACUCUGGUUUGAAAAUUGGGCCUUAAGGUUGGGUGCCACUGAGCCGGUGACGUGUCCAGUUCGUAAGGAUUCGCUCCUUGUGCCUUUUCAGUGCAACGUGCGUGGCAUUACCGCACAGCGACUUCGCGAGCGUCCCUAAGGCGGGGCCGAGGACGGCUGUGGCGGAGGCGCGGAAGCGGAGGCACACUACUGCGCUGGACAAGUCUGGAUGUCCCUUCGCUCUUGGAAUUUACCGCGUCUGAGCGGCACGACUUCUGUGCUUUCGGCGGUGCCUGCACGCUGUGGGUGGCAUUCAUUGCCCAUACGCUGGCCGCUGUAAUUCGGCAAGAGAAAAACCAUCGUGUUCAGCGUUUCCCUUGGCAAUAGGAAAAAUGUCUAUUUUCCCUAAAAUAUCUUUGCGACUUGAGGUUGAAAACUAUCUUAAAGAGGGCUUUAUGAAUAAGGAGAUUGUAUCAGCUUUUGGUAAAGAAAAAGCAGAAAGGAAGUUUGAAACUCUGUUAAAUCACUUGUCACACCCGCCAUCAUUCACAACUGUCAGAGUAAAUACACAUCUAGCCUCAGUGCCACAUGUGAAAAAUCUGUUAUUGGAUGAACUUCAGAAGCAGUUUAAUGGAUUAAGUGUUCCUGUUAUUCAACAUCCAGACCUUCAGGAUGUCUUACUUAUUCCUGUUAUUGGACCUAGGAGGAAUAUAGAAAAACAACAGUGUGAAGCCAUUGUUGGAGCCCAAUGUGGCAGUGCCGUACUAAGAGGAGCCCAUGUCUAUGUUCCAGGAAUUGUGUCGGCUUCAAAAUGUAUGAAAGCUGGCGAUGCUGUUUCUGUAUACUCUGAUAUUAAAGGCAAAUGUAAGAAAGGAGCCAAAGAAUUUGAUGGAACAAAAGUGUUUCUUGGAAAUGGGAUUUCUGAAUUAGGCCGCAGAGAAAUCUUCAACGGGUUACCUGAACUGAAAGGAAUGGGUGUAAGAAUGACAGAACCAGUGUAUCUCAGCCCCUCAUUUGACAAUGUGCUGCCCAGCUACUUAUUUUUACAGAAUUUGCCAUCUGCUGUAGUAACUCAUGUUCUGGAUCCUCAACCUGGGGAGAAGAUUCUAGAUUUGUGUGCAGCACCUGGAGGCAAAACAACACACAUUGCAGCACUAAUGCACAAUCAGGGAGAAGUAAUAGCCCUGGAUAAACUACCCAACAAAGUAAAAAAAAUAAAGCAGAAUGCUUUAUUAUUAGGGCUGAAUUCCAUUAGGGCUUUUUGCUUUGAUGGAACAAAGGCACUUAAAUUUGAUAUGGUUAAGGACACAGAAGGAGAGCCUCCAUUCUUUCCAGAAUCUUUUGACCGAAUUCUUCUUGAUGCACCCUGCAGUGGAAUGGGACAGAGACCAAGCAUGGCUUGUUCUUGGACUUUGAAGGAAGUGACAUCAUAUCAGCCAUUACAGCGAAAACUCUUUACUGUGGCGGUGAAGCUGCUGAAGCCAGGCGGGGUGCUUGUUUACAGCACAUGCACGAUCACACUGGCAGAGAAUGAAGAACAAGUGGCCUGGGCCCUCACAACAUUUCCUUGCCUUCAGCUUCAGCCCCAGGAACCACAGAUUGGAGGAGAGGGAAUGAUGGGAGCUGGCCUGUCAUUUGAACAGUUGAAACAGCUGCAGCGAUUUGAUCCGUCUGUUGUGCCAUUACAGGACAUGGACAUUGAUUCUCUCAGAGAGUCCAGAGUAGAAGACAUGGUUUGGCUGGCCAAUAAGGAUUGUAUAGGUUUUUUUAUUGCAAAAUUUGUAAAAUGCAAAAGUAUACAGGAGAAGGAUCCUUAGAAAUGAAAAUUCCAUACAUUUUCUGCGUGUGUGCAUGUUUUAAUUUAAAAACCAGUCUGUUGUCAGGUCAUGUGAUUCAUGGCAUGGUUGCUAAGGAAACAGAAAAGGCUGCCAGCUGUUUCACUAAGGAUCAAGAAACACAGAGGAAGUAAUCUGGGGGGUGGUAUAAGAUUAUAUUUUGUAAUUUUAAAAUAAUUUUUUGUUUUGGAUUUAGCAGAGUUCAAAGAAAAGGAUAUGCCUAUAGAUGUCUGAAACAUUUUUAUUUGGGGUCAUAUGUUUCAAUUUGUAAAUAUUGCAAGUAAUUUGAAUGGGAAGCAAUGAAUCUAACAAGGAAAAAAAUUAGCAAAAUUU